AUGGUCCCGGAAGAUGGCUCAUCAUCCUCUUCAACCCCAUUCCCUCUGCACAUAUUGUCCCUUUCGACCAGUGAGAUGAGAUCCGAGGAGAGAGGCCUCUGUCUCGUUCACCUUCUUAUUGCGUGCGCCAAUCACGUGGCCUGUAACAACCUCGAAAACGCUGACGUGAGCCUCGACUACAUUUCCCGUCUCGCCUCCAUUAAUGGCGACACGAUGCAGAGGUUUUCGUCCCAUUUUGCUGAGGCCCUUGCUGAUCGUAUGCUCAGAAGCUGGCCCGGGCUGCACCGUGCCCUCACUUCGGCCCGUAGCACUUCUUCUGAGGAGGAGAUUCAUGCCCGGAGGCUGUUUUUCGAUCUCUGCCCCUUUCUGAAGGUCUCGCACGUAAUCACAAACCAGGCAAUUCUGGAGGCCAUGGAGGGUGAGAGGGUUGUUCACGUGGUGGACCUUGACUGCUUCGAGCCUUCCCAGUGGGUCGGGCUCAUCCGGGCUCUGUGCACCCGGUCCGAGGGCCCGCCCCACCUCAAGAUCACGGGCCUCCAAGAGAACAAAGGGGUUUUGGACCGAGUUGCGUUCCGGUUGAACGAGGAAGCCGAGAAAUUGGAUAUCCCCUUUCAGUUUAAUCCUGUAGUUUGCCAACUGGAAAGUCUCGAUUUCGAUAGCUUGCACGUCAAGUCUGGAGAAGCUGUUGCCGUGAGUUCGGUAUUACGGCUGCAUUCUCUUCUGGCUUCUUCUGAUGACAUUCAAGAUGUGUUAAGUUUAAACCCGUUAACUCUGGGUGAUGAUCCAAAAAUGACGGGCUUUCUGAACGCGCUUUUGGGUCUCUCUCCGAAAAUCGUGAUGGUGACCGAACAAGAAUCGAAUCACAACGGGUCGAAUUUGAUGGAUAGAGUCAUGGAGGCACUGAAUUUUUAUGGUGCCCUCUUUGAUUGUUUGGAGUCUACUCUGCCCGUUGAGUCUUUAGAGCGCCAGAAGAUUGAGAAGAUGGUGUAUGGGAAGGAAAUUAAUAAUAUCAUAGCGUGUGAAGGUGUGGAUAGGAAAACGAGACACGAGAAGCUUGAGAAAUGGGUUCGUAAGCUCGAGUUGGUCGGUUUUAGUAAGGUGCCGUUGAGCUACGGUGUUAUGGUGCAGGCUAGGAUAUUGUUGCAGAGUUUUAACUUUGAUGCAUAUAGAGUGAGAGAGGAGAAUGGCUGUUUCCUUAUUUGCUGGCAGGAUCAACCGCUUUUCUCGGUUUCGGCUUGGGGAAUUAGACAGAAGUACAGUUGA